AUGACCACAGAAAUCCUAGGUACCAAGGUUUCCCUCCCAUUUGGAUUCAGCCCUGCUGCGUCGCAGAAACUAGCCCAUGCAGAUGGAGAACUGGCGGCAUCGAGGGCUGCAGCAAAGUAUGCUAUCUGCAUGGGUCUCUCGUCAUAUUCGAAUUACUCCCUGGAGGAUGUGGCCGCGCAGGGCACCGGGAACCCUUAUGUGAUGCAGAUAGCGGGAUACAAGGCACUAUUCCUCUCUGUCGAUGUUCCUGUGCUCGGGAAGCGCCUGAAUGAAUAUCACAACAACUAUUCUCAUCCGGAAGAUAUGAACUGGCCGAACAUCCUCAGCUGCAGGGCUGAUACCUCAAACCGCACUGAUUAUGAUCCAAGUCUCGACUGGGAAAGAACAAUCCCGUGGCUGAGGAAACAUACCUCGUUGCAGAUAUGGCUCAAAGGGAGUACGCCGCAUUCUAUUCCUCAUCAGUAUGAGCGUAUUCUCUCGCACAUCGAGACAGCUAAGAAAGAAGGUGGCAAAGUCGUCAUUGGUGGAGGUGCCCAUGUCCCCAGCGGAGACAGAAACAAAGAUGGCUAUUUUGUCCAGCCUACUGUUUUCACUGGUACUACAGACUCCAUGGCUAUCGUGCGCGAGGAGGUCUUCGGCCCCGUGGUGAUUAUCGAGCCAUUCGCAACGGAAGAGGAAGCUAUCCGCCGGGCCAAUGAUACCAUCUAUGGUCUUGGGGCCGCAGUGUUCACAAAGGAUCUGGAACGGGCGCAUAGGGUUGCGGCAGAGAUUGAUUCGGGAAUGGUCUGGAUCAAUAGUAGUCAAGACUGUGAUCCUCGUGUGCCGUUUGGGGGGGGAAGGGGGGUCAAGCCGAGCGGCAUUGGGCGGGAAAUUGGUGAAGCUGGUCUGGCAGCCUAUAGUCGGAUCAAGGCCGUACAUGUCAACAAGGGAAGUAGGCUGUGA